AUGGCGGAUAAACAUACUCUGUGGAGGUGUGGAGUGUUUUCUUUGGUAAAUUUCACUGGUAAAAAUGAGCCUUUAAUCUGCUGUGGUGUCACGAUAUCACUAUAAGAUGGCGGUAAGUGUUAAAACGAAAUUGAUACCGAAAUUAGAACCUACCAACUCAAAGUUGUUGAACUAAAACUUAUCGCUGAACUUAUGCGUCCGUCUUUGGGACCUCAGCGUAAAUUCAUUUAUGACUUUGUAUUCACCACGCUUAUUUGUUAGUUUUCCAGGGUACAUUCCUCUGUACCUCUGAACGUUUGUUCGUUGUAUUUCUGAUUGUGUCACCUAAUUUAAGGACCGUUGAUCGCGUUUUUACGCAAUUUUAUGGCGCCGGCCGGCGGCCGGUGGGGUGAAGGCAGUGAUGCGAAACAUCGAAGCCCUUUUACUUUGUUGGGUGUUGGUAACUCUGAAUCUUACACUCCGAAGCAGAUUCAAUUUAGCUGCUUGUCUGGUGAACAUUCAUGUACAGCUCAGCACAGAGUAAUGUGAACAAACGUUUGCUUAACGAGUGCUAAGGAGUGUGAAUUUGAACACAAAAUUGGUGCGUGCAUAUUCACACUCCUCACACUCCCUUGUUUAAUCCACCUUAAUCCAAACUGGUGGCAAUAAUACUUUUCUUUUAUAUUGAUGUUAAUAUCCCUCUUUGCCACAAAUAGGUCAAUAGAAUUCAACAACACUUUUACCUCAAAAUGAGGCAUUGACGGCCAAUUAAGAUGAAGACCAAAGUCAGCUAAAUGAGGCCCUCUUGUGUGUGUGGGGGUGGGGUGGGGGGUGCGUUUCCCUGGUCUGAAAUUCAAAAUUGGUCAGUUUAUACACUGAGAAGUAGGCUAUAUCCCUGUCAUUUUUUACUAUAAUUUUAUUUGUGAUAAUUGUCCUCCUCGAUGUCACAGUUUCAACCUAUCGUUAUGUCUUUUGCUGCCACUUUAUCUGUCUUAUGUUACUGUUUCAGAGCCAGUUGCUUGUCAAAAUAUUACGCUUACAGGCCCCCCUUAAUAUGUUGUUAGUUUGAAAAAAUAUUUACAAAUAAUGUUGCUUUUCAAAGGCACAAUUGACCUCAAACUUCAUGUGAUUCUAUACUCCCAAAGAAAUCUCAUUGUAAAUCAAGAAACGGAUACUCUGUACCAAAUGGCAAGAAUGAUUUUAUUGUUUUUUGGAAACACCAUGCAUGGCCUCUGGUGUUUUUGUUAAUCUAGUGACAGUAAGCAUUUUAUAUGUAUGCAAAAUUAUGGUCUCGACAAAUCACAAAUUUUUACUGACUUUGACUUUGAUCACUGCAGAACAUAACCCAAAUUUUUAAUUACUUGUACAGGAUGAGAAAAAGCUGGAAGAGGAACUUGCGUCAUUCCGACGUGAAUGGAAGGAAGAGAUUAGACGAACUGUCACUGACAGUGGAUCAUCACGAAAUUCACCCUCUGUAGAGUCGCCCUCUCCAUCUAGCCGUGAAGGCUCUCCAAGUCCACUGCUUUUGGAAACUAAGAACUCUUCUAAUACAACAUCACUUACUAAGGAGGAAAAGGUACUAUUUUGAUUCAUUCUACUUUGAUUCUUUCUGAUGGCAGGGGUGGAUCUAGGGGGAGGGUGCAGGGGGUGCGCUUCCCCCCCCCCCCUUGAGAUGACCUGCGGUUUUCUAAUACAACUGGUAUUCUGCAAAAAAAAACUAUGUGGUUUAUUGGUGUUGAAGAAGAGCAAGAGACGAGUGCACCCCCUCCUAAAAAAAAUCCUGGAUCCGCCCCUGGAUGAGGAUACAUUGACCCAAUCAGAGUCAGCUUGAGGCAUCUCUUAUAUUCCCUCUUGGACUGUUGUUUCAUUCUUUCAUCCUCUACUUUAUUAGUCUUGCUUGCAUAAGCAGCGUGACUCAUAAUCUGCAAGCUGUUUUUUUUUCUUCAAAUUAAGUACACAAAAAGGGGGUUGUUGUCCUAGGUGUUGCUAGCGGAGACUGCGGAAACUGGUAAUAAGAAUCGUUGCAUGACCAAAGCCAUGUGUGUUUUGAAAAGAAAGCUUUAAGGUUAGAGCUUUUCCCGAACAGGUCUGUCCAUGAAUUUUAAUGCUUGAAAGCGUUGAUUACUGUGGAAUUAGGGAACACUUCAGUGGUCGGAAAAAACGAAGAAUCUUAAUUAGCAAAAGACUAACUGGUCGUGUGUUGUAAACUUUCAUUGGAUGCAAAUGGGUCUUGUGAUGAGCUUGCAGUUUAUUUUCGGUGAUGAUUGAAAUGACAUGCCUUGUAAAUUACUAUUUUGAUCUCUGGCAAUGAUGUAAUUUCUCUAGAAUUGAAGCCCUGGAAGUUUCAUGUAUUUAUACACUUGUAUAGCCUGCAACUGCAGAAUUAUUUCUGGUAAUCGCUAACACGCAUACUAAAUCAAUUCUUUAGCAAGUAAAUCCUGUUUCGUGUAGAAUUAAUCGCCUCCUCAGUUCUCGAUCUAACCUCCAACCAAGCAAGACUUAACACCACUAUAAGAACGUUCUUGUCUGGUUCUAGAAUCCUGAGGUAUCUUUAUCCACCUCCUGCCACUGGAUAGCUCAAGUCCUUCACAUCCGAUCACCUUACCUGAGAUCUUGUACUUAAAUGGCCUGUCUCAAUAUGAUGGUCUUUCCAAGAAGGGCAGAUUCUUGCCAAGUUGUGGUGGUGAUGAUGAUGAUGAUGAUGAUGAUUAUUAUUAUUAUUAUCAUUAUUAUCAACAAUUCUCAUCACCAUCAUCAUCAUUAUUAUUAUUAUUAUUAUUUAUUCAUUUUUAUUGUUUGUCUUAAAUAGGCCACACAGUUGUUUUCACAAGGGGUGUCUGCAGAGAGGCGUGGAAACGUUUAUGAAGGUAAAAAAUUUCUGUACAAGUCCUUGAAAAGUCCUUGAAUUUUCUUCAACUUUAAAUGACAAACAUUUUUCAAGAUGCAAAAAUUAUGGUGUAAUUUGGUAUUUGUAAUUUGUAUUUUUUGUAACUUUUUGGAAAAGAUUACAUUUAGUUUCAAAAAAAAGAAUCAUAUUUUGCACUAUCCAAAAGAAACAUAACAGGUUGUAUUUUAUAAGCUGUUUGAUUUUCAGUCUGUUCUCCUCCUUUGUUGACUUGGUAACUUUUCAAUAGUUUCCUUUGUUUGUGUUGCUUUAUUUACUAGUCCACAUGUGAAAGGCAAAAAAUUUUGUAUGCAUCAUCUUACCCAGGGUUUCUCGAUCUGGAUUCCAAGAUGGCGGAGAUAGAAAAAGUCCGUUUAGCAAAAGCUCAUUGUAAUAACUAAACAAUUCCUUUUUUUUUUUAUUUGGCUGUUUUUUUUCCUUGAGAAGUUCCUUAAAGUAUUUUUUCAUUUGUUUUUUUACUUUCCACUCAGAAAAUUCUUUCCAGUGGUGAACGGGUAAAAAGUUCCUUAAUUAUAUUGUGUUUGCAAAAUUUUCUUGAACUUUAAAUAUCAUUGGCCUGGAAAUUUCUGUGUGUUUUGAUUUACUUGAACUUUAAAUAUAGUGGCCUGGAAAGUGUGUUUUGAUACUUUUUGGUUGUCCAAGAUAGAAUAUAAAUCAUAGCUUGGAGAAUUUAAUAGUUAUUUACAUAAAGUGCUCUAUGGUUUGUGCAAUACUCAACUAUCCUUUAAGACAAUUGAACUGAAAAAUGUAGAGAAGUUGGUGAAGCAAACAGUUGAAGCCUUAAAGUCUUAGAAUAGACUGGGAAUCUGCAUUUUUGUGCAAUCUGUGAAAUUAUAGUCCUAGUAGGUAGUUUUUGAAAAUUGAAUGUGGUCCUUGAAAAGUCCUUGAAAAAUGGUUGCAAUUUUUGUAUGAACCCUGUCUCUUCAGCUGUUACAAAAGCAGUCUUCUUGCAGCCAUGAAAUGCUAUGUACAUGUGUACAUCUAUUAAUAAAGCCCGUAGCAGGACGUUUUUGGUUGCAAUCUGACUUUGCAUCAGUGGAAUAAAUUGUACAUAAAACGUUUAUAGAAUUCUUUUUUUUUCUGAUGGCAGCAAUCCUUACAUAAUAAAAAUGAUUUAAAAAUGAAAAGAAACAAAGUCAAAGAAAGAGAACGAUAAUUUAUUGGAAUAAUAGUGUACUUUGUAACAAAAUUCUAUGUCAAAUGGUAACCCCUUUCUUUUUUCAGCUCUUCAUUUUUACAGGCGAGCUGUUCAGCUUGUGCCAGACAUAGAAUCAAGGAUGAUAGAUUUCACCAAUAAUUUAAUGCAAGGUAAAAGUUAAGGGGAGUUCUGUACAAGUGUUUUUUUUUUUUUAAUUUUAAUUUUAAUUUCUUUUUUUUGAUGUUUUCCUUUUGUACUUAAGUUUAAAUGUAAAAUUUAACAUUUGGUAUUUUUUUUUAUGAUUUUGUAGAUGAGGAAGAUAGUGAUAAUGAAACUGACUAUACGUAUAAUGUGGUCAAGGAAAACCAAGAGUAAGCCGUCUGUAAAUUUUAUUUAAUUGUCUUGAGUGAAUUAUAGGGGCUAUCCAAUGUAUUUCACUAUUGGCUAUCUUUUUGAAAACAUGUCUCGGCAUCAGUUAAAUUCUAAAGAUAAAUGGUCCAAUUUUGUUGUUUGCAAGGAUAGACAUGGAUUGAAACUUAAAAAAAUUGGGCCAACCUUUUCAAGUUUUAAUGCUGAGCCAAAUCACCCAAAAAAAUCCAAAUCACCAAAAAAUUAUUUUAGUUAGGCCUGGUUCACACUCCAUACUUUUCAUGUGCCAAACCUAAUUGAACAAGUUUGACUUUGGAGCGACACUGGUGCGACAUCUGAUUGAGACUCGCACCAUGUGUCAAGCCUAAGUUAAUUAAGUUCAACAAAAGUUUGACAGACUCUGUUGAACUUAACCCUUUUGCCUCACCAAACUAAAACUGCUGCACCAAAUUGAUUCAGACACCGCUCUUUUGCCAUACUUAAUUCAAUAGUGAGGUUCGGCACAUGAGUGGAGCAGCGUCUGAAACCAGGCCUUAGUGCUCCCUGAUGAAAUUUGAUGAUGCUGUCUUCAUCAUAACUCUGCAGGAGCAUUUUGUGUAGGUGUAAUUAAAAGGUACUAAAAUUUAGUCAAUUCUCUGCUGAAAAAAUCCGCUUCAACAGAUAUUGUUUGAUCAGACAGACAUUAAUAGGUUUUGGCUGGUAAUUCAUUAUGUAAAACCUUCUGCGUACAGAGGGUUUGCACAGGUCAUGGAAAACCUGGAAAGUCAUAGAAUUUUAGAAUUUCAUUUUCCAGGCCUGGGAAGUCAUCGAAUUUAAUUGUGGGUCCUUGAAAGUCAUGGAAAAUUAAAGUUUUGGUUGCUAAAUUAGUUACUGCAGAUGACAAAGCAAGGACAAUGUAAGACAGAGAUGAGUAAUUAAGGUGAUUCCCUAGUAAAAGAACCCAACAUAGAUUGUAGAUGAAACUUGGUACACUGAUGUAACAAGUCAAGAAGAUGAUUAAAAAAGUAAUAAAAAGUGGGGGUCACCGUGCUCGUUUUGACGUCACAAUGCUAAGAAAUACGGUUAUUUUGGACCCUUUGUCAAAAACCGCGCGCAGCCCAAAACGAGACAAAAACGAGAGAUUUUUGCGAUGAUGCAUGUGGUAUCGCACAGAAUUUGACUUUAUUGUACUGUUUAUCCACUUAAAUACCAGAAAAAUACCUUUUAAUGCUCAUGUUUUUAUUUUACGCUCCAAAGUAGAAUUGAAUUGGACACGCGCUAUUCGACCCGUGAUAGCUCAAUCCGUACAAUUUAGUAAAAUUGCCAAGAAACUGAACGUAGAUUUGUGCCAAUUUUUUUCUCAUCGAAAGGAAGCACUGUCCUUUUUAUUAACAUGAAAUAAAAAAUGGGGGUCACCAUACUCGUUUUUGCAGUAGAGCUGCAGAAAGUGCACACCAAAGUCAUUUUCUCCGGGUUUUGAGAGAGGACUGGGGCGUUUCAAAAUAGAAUGUGUGUGAAAGGGGGAAGAAAGUAUUAAAAAAUCUGUUUUUACGGAAUUUACAUCGAGAUAUCACAUUUAGGAUACAAUGUGAUAAAGAAAGCAUUUAAAUAAGAAUCAAAGUGAGUAAGCACAAGUUAAACAUCCACUAUCGAGGUUCUCUGUGAGGAAGUCGAACUCAGCAACACGGUUCUGCCUACGUUAUGCACAUUCCCAACACAUUGAGUCUCACCUCGGCAAGAAACAACCGCAAGCAAAAAUUCCAAUAGCCUUUCUCUUCAGUCAACUUCAUUUUAAUAAUGUUACUUCACAUGCUCUUUUUUACGGCCGCCAUCUUGUUAUGCGCAGUAAGAGAUGCGCAGUGCAAAACCAGGGAAUCACCUUAAACAGCACAAAAGGCAUGCAUUUUGGUUUGUGUCUGUUGAACUUUUUAAGGUCAAAAAAUACCCCCAGAGAAGGAAAAUUCUUGUGAAAAUUUUUGUAAGUGAACUAAACCUAAGGUCUUGGAAAACUUGAAAAGGUCUUGGAAAAAGUCAUGAAAUUUGAACAGCUCAAAAGAGUACGAACCCUGUGCACAAUGUUAUAAGAAUAAAUGAAUUUUGCAGCAAAAUAAAAAAGAAAAAGUUUAGAGUUAACGUCAGCUACAGGAUCUAUGUUUUACAUGUUUUUUUUUGUUCAAUUUUGCAGCACUUGCUAUUUAACAGACCUGACCAAGAAGUUUAAUUCUCUGUCUGUAACAGGAAUUUGUCAGCCACAAUAUGAAACUAGGGUAAGGUAACUGUACAUGUAUGGAACUCAAAACUCACUAUGUUCUCGAAUAAGUGUUCUCUUCUUUGUCAAUAAAAAAUGACUGCGAAAGAAAGAAAAAGGACACUUAGGGGGAUAUUACAUGACGCGCUAUACAAUUGCCUUUCAAAAUGGCCGCCGAACAAUCACGAACAACCACACUUACUUGUAGGACAUUUUUAACAGUAAAUUACCUUGAAGUAGCAUUGACCUUGGAAAAAUGUUUAAUUCAAGGUUAUAUCAUAGUUUGCUUUACUUGAACUGAGCACUUCUUCAUGAAUUAUGCGAUUUUUCUUGAUAUCUUCAAGUUAUCGCACGUCGCUUCUACAAAAGUAUAAACGAGGGCGAACCUAUGGACGGAAACUUAAGAUAAAUGUAGUAAGAGGUCCGUAGUUUGAAAGAAUAAUAAAACAUGAAAGGGCAUAGCAUUUUUUUGCAAACUUAUCGAUUAAAGUGAUCGAAACAUUGAUGAAAUUGAAAGUUACCCCCGAGGAUGUGUAUUUAUGUUCAGAGCCCCCCUCCCUUCUGGAUUUCCAGAGCCGUUUACCCCCCUCUUGUGAGAUUUUCCAGCAUGCCUUCCGUCAUGGGGGUGUGGAUUUUUUCUGGAAUAACCCAAUGUAGUCAAAUAUCAUCAUUUUGAAAAUGGCCUUUUCUAUCCUUUGCGGGUAUGGAACUUAUAUAAUGUUAAUGAGUUUUAAACAAACGUAAAAUAGAAUUAAACUAAAUGUUAGACUGAACUAAAGUACCUAUAUGCACUGUACCUACAGUGGCUACAGUAAUGUCUAAUCCUAUGUUUCGAUUGUUUUCUUCUAGAUGACACACAUCUCUGCCAUUCCUCUUGAACUGAUUGUUUAUAUAUUUAAGUGGGUUGUCUCCUCAGAACUGGAUAUGAAAUCACUUGAGCAACUGGCAAGGGUAAAUUACAGCCAAACGAGGCUACAGAACUGUAUGAAGCCCUUGUUAUUCAAACAUGAGAUAGUGCUAUCAACUGGAUAUUAAAUAACUAACCAGUGGAUAUGUACUGUGUAUUAAAGAAACCAAACUUUCGGAAUUAUGAAGUGGACAGAGAUUUAUCCAGUGGAGAGCAUUGUGCAUUGUCCACCUUUUGAAUAACUGGGGCCAGUAGACUUGGGGCCUGUUUACGUGGAGGCAGGGCCCCCAGAUGGGUGAGGUAACAUGCCCCAGGUCACCCCACCUAUCAUGUAAACGUGAUCAAAUUAAAAUGAGAGAUUAUAAUUAUGGACAGGCGGGGUUAUUACCCCACCAAAGCUGAUUACCUCACCUACCUGGGGUCCUCCACCUUCCUGUAAACAGGCCCUUAACUGCCUAUUGUGUAAUGACAUAUUUUUUUUGUUGUUGGGACCAUAAUUAUAAGUAGAGGACUUACUUUUGUAUAAGUCAAACCAGUAUAUAAGCUGCCCCUCAAUUUUUGAAGCUUCACUAGGCUUUUGGCAUUUUUGUCAUUAUUAAGGUUAAAAUAAAUGCACAGAAGAUCAUCACAGUUGAAGACACAACUUUUGCGGUUGCGAAAGGAAAGCCUGAAAAAAUUCCGGCUUGUUGGGAUUCAAUCUUGACCUCUCAAUACUAGUACAGCACUCCAACCAACAAUAUUGAGUUAGCAAGCCAACUGGAAGUAAUAUUUGUUUCAACCAAAAAAGAAAGAAAGAAAUGCAAGGAAGAUCACGACAGUUAAUGGGAAAAAAGCCUGCAAUUUUCAGGAAAAAAUUCAGACUAAUUUUUUUCCGGCUUUCUUUUUGCAAAUACAUAUUUAACGUUUUUUCUAAACUGCAAUUGAUCUUUCUUGAAUUUAUUUCUUCAUUCUGUGGUUCAAUUAUAUGAAAUUCAUAUAAAAUUAUUUGUAGGGUUUAAUUGCCUAUUAUGUAAAAUGACUUUUUUUCAUUCCUUGUUGUAACCAAAUUGGCAAUUUUUGCGUUAAAAGUAAUGGGUUUACCAACCUCAAACAACUUUUUUUGUGUGUGUGUGGUGGAUAAAGCGCAAGUCCCUUUUUGCUGUCUACAGCUUAACACUUUUUUAUUACUCUCUGUAUUUCCUUUGGUGACAGGUUUGUAAAGGCUUUAGUGCUUGUGCUAGAGAUCCUGAGAUAUGGAAACUAGCAUGUAAAAGGUACAUUUCCUAAGUUGAAGCCCCAAUUUUAUGUUUACUGGAUUGUAGCCAGUACGCACUAUAUGUACAUGUAUGUCAAUGUAUCUGUAAGUAAGUUUAAAGUCCAUUUCAAUUUCCCUUAUAGUGCAAAAGUACUUAAUAUAAUAAAUCAGUUUGAAGAUGAUUAGAUUAAAAAAAUUAAUUCUUUUAGAAGUUAGUAAGUUUCAGUUGAGAUCCACGUUUGAUCCAUACUCGGUGGUGCCUCGGUUUUCUUUUUGAGGACUUUGCUAACUUUGCACUUUUGUUUCACUUAAAAAAAUUAUAUUAAAAAAAUACAUUAGAUGUCAAGAUUGAAAUGCCUGAGAGAAAAAUGGGAACUAUAGGCAUGUGAACAACUGUAUAAGACUUCACAAACCAAGGAGUUAGACCGAGGGCAUACCAAAAUGGGUCAAGGUUUUGUCAAGUUUUCUGUGCAUGCAUUGUAAGUCACUGUGUGUGUGUGUUCUCUUCCUUUAUAAUCAUAAUUAUUUUUAGGUUGUGGGGGGUAAACUGUGGCAGUGCUGCUCAUUGGAAUGGCUGCUGGAGACUGAUGUACAUUAAACGUCCACAUGUUCUAUUUGUCGGUAUGUAAUGAUCUCUCUAAUAGGAUCGUUUUACCCCAUUCUUGGUGUAAAUGAAUGGAUUACAGCAGCUCUAGUCUGCUUUGAUUUUUCAGGAGUCUACAUAAGCAAAACAUCAUAUGUGAAACAAGGAGAAAGGUCCCUGGAUUGCUACUAUCGGCCAUUUCAUGUGGUGGAAUACUACCGUUACAUGAGGUUUUUUAGUGAUGGUACAGUUGUCCUUCACACAAGUGCUGAUGAACCUACCAUAGCUAUUCAAAGACUCAAGGUCAAGCUUGCCGGCAGUAACUCGUCUGUUUCUGUGGGGCAUUACAGGUUAAAUGGGGACAAGGUUUGUUUUUCUCUUCUUGUUGAGGGUUGAUGCUGCUAUUCUUACAUUAGAACUCCCGUUUAGUAAAAAAGAUUAAUAGUUUAUUUAUAAAGAUGAUGUGAACUGCAGAAAUGAAAAUUCAAAUGAACAUAAUUAUGAUCAUCACAGUGGUAAUUGAAAUUCAAUUAGUAAGGUCAGUAAGGCUGUAGGAAGAUUUGUCAGGUCACUGUGCUCUAAGGGAAAUUUUAUUAUUUGUAGUAGGAAAGAGUAAGGAAAUUUUGAAAACAAAAUUUGUUUUCAAAAUUAAUGUCGGUGGCAAGCAUGGUGGAGUAACCAUGGUCAGGGAGAGAACUUAAUAUAGGGAUAACCUCAUGAUGAUCCUCCUUCAGGUGUCAUAAUGGUUACUUGUAAACAUUGUAUGUAUAUAACAGGGUUGUCACUAAGAUUUCAAGUUGCCAGGUAAAUACAACAGGGGGUCGGCUAAUGGUUCUUUUUCUUCUAUAUUCCAAUGAAAAACAGUCUUAGUAGCCGGGGAAAAUCCCCGGCCCCCGGCUCUUAAUGACAACCCUGAUAUAACCAUAAAUUUUGACCUGCCACAGUCAACAUCUCACAUCAUCAUUGCAAACAAUAAAAAUCGGAAAGGAACUUAUGAUUGUUUGGGGCCAUGCAGCGUGGGUAUAGGUCAAAUCUAUAAGGAUGUGGUUAUGUGUCGAAGAUCCUGAACUUUGAAUUUGGGAAUUUUAGGUGACCAUUGUUGUCAAUAAAAAGAUGGCUACAGAAAGCAACAAAGGACGCAGGACAAGAGGGCCUCCCCCUUUGAUCAGUGAGCAGAUAUUUCACAUGGUAUGUGGUCAGAGUCUGAUUUCACCUUAUAAUAUCUAGCGGAUUCUUGAAAACGUACCUACCCAGAUUUUUGCGGCCAUUAGGGCCGAAAAUCACAUCCACAAAAGGAAAGGAAAGAAAAAAUAGAAAGAGUGAGGAAACGCAAGAGAAAAAAUGCAGUGGUUAUUGGUUACUCUGGAGAUAGUUAUUGAACAAAAAAUAAGUAAAUAUUAAAUAAACUGCUUCAAGGAAGAGGUCUUGUUGGCAGCAAUGUUUUCAAAAAUGAGCUAGGAAAAAACGCAUGUUUAUAAAUUGUUAGACAUUUUUUAAAUUUUAGUCUUAAGAUGUUUCAUAACUUUGUACUAUUUUUAAUUGCUCCUGUAAAACAUCUAGAAAGUUCCUUUUCUUUCACUGGUGCUAUAUAAAUAGUAAAUAUCAUUAUUAUUACUAUUAUUAUUAUUAUCAUUACCAUUAUAUAUUAUCAUUAAUAAGUAGUGAUAAUAUAUUACCACUAUGCUUUUAAGUAUUAAAAGUAACACAGGUUAUGGCAGUUCCUGAUUUGGUUACCAUGAACUAUUAUGUCAAUAUAAGUGUAAUGAUUUUUUGUAGGAACUACAGAUCAAAAGCACUAAACGAAAUAAACACCACAAUCAGUUGACCUGGCUUUACUACAGCAUCAGCACAAAGUACAGGUAUAUCUGAGAUUCUGGUGACAGUUCAUAAAGGAUUUAUAGCUUCACCUCUAUUUUUUUAUAUAUAUACUUUCAGGUCAUCCGGUCAGACAGUCUGCUCACAGCUGGACUUGAACGACCAGUUUCCACCUCUCUACUUUUCUGCUGUCAAGAGUAUCAGCAACAGUGCAACUGCCCCAUUACAAUAGACUGACUGUAUAAGUACAUCAAAGUUUCUCUGGGUCUCACCAAGUGUCAGUAAAACAAUUAUGUAAACAGAAACAAACGCUACACACCAAACUUACUGCUAGUAUAACGAAACAAUUAGAGGUACGAUAAAACAAGUGGUUUUUCAACAGAACGAACAAGCAAAGUCUUCAAGUUAAUUUCCCAAAAUAUAAACAUACCAGAGAAAUGUAAGGCUUUAGUUUCUUUGUGUUCUCAAUUUUUUUAGAAUGUAUAUAACAUCACAGCUGUGAUAACGGUUUUUUAAGCAAGAUUUCAUGUGGCUAAUAUGCAGCACCUAUUCACAUUUUUUCAUUAUUGUAGUGCACACUGUUUAAUGCUGAACAUUAAAUUAAUAUACAGUGUAGAAAAAAAAGUAUUUUUUUCUCCAAACUGACAUUUUUAAGCAUCCAUUUAACACAUGUUAGUGUUUGUAGGUUUUGUUUUGUUUUGCUUUUUAAUUUACCUUAAGUGCAUUUGACUCUUCACAGUGCCCCAUUUUUUCUUAAGAUCGCCACGAUAAAGCGCUUAACAGUACAGGCUGCCAUCUUAGUUUCUG